UCUAAACUCCACGCCAAUUGAUUGAUGUUGCUGCAGCCUUGCUAUUUCUUCAUCCUCCAGAAUUCCCAAGUUCCAAAAAUAUCAUAUUACACUACUAUUAAUUCGAUAAUGAGUAAGCAAGCCUAAAGUUACAGCUCUUGAUUGAUCGAAGAUCACAUCUUGCACAGCCUCAAGCAAGAAGUGUAUAAUAUUGAUCAAAGAUUCACAGAUGCUAUUAAGAACCUCUUGGGCUCCUGUUAGGCAGACUUGGACCCUCUUCUCAGAUAUCCCCAAUAGAGAAUUUAACAUAAGAAACAAUACUAAGAUAGACCGUGAUGGUCUUGGUCACCUAACAGCAAAACUCUCAUCCAUCUUGAGCUCAGUUUCUUGCAACUCAACUUCACCCAAUAUUUCAAGUUUGUCUGAAUUCAAAUUAAAAUCUGGGCGAAAAGUCUUUAGCAGAGCUCUAUCUGACAGUAGUUUAGAAGGGUUGGCCUCAAAUUCACAUGAACUUGAAGAAUUGUUCUUUUCAAGAAUGUCGAGCGACGGGUGUUCAAGUGAGCAGCACAGUCUAAUGUUGCACACAGAACCGUCUUUUUGUAUAUAUAAUAAGGACGAUGGGGAGGAAGAAGUGAUUGGAAAUGAGGAUUUGGCGGCAAAAAUGUUGGCAGCGAGAGAUGGGAUUGCGGAUUUGGGAAGUCCUAAAUUCAGCUUUGGAAAGAAUGCAAUGGCCUCGAUUGAGGAAGAUGCAGAUGAGGAAGAAGGAAAGGAAGAGACACUGGGUGAGUUUAAAGAUUUGGGGAUUGAAGGUGAAGCUAUUAGUAGUCCGUGGCCUCUUGCUGGAGGACGUGGUGGUAAUGAUGAUGGUGUUGAUGGUGGUACUCUGGACUCUGGAUCGCCAAGAUUUGAUGAGAAUGGUGAUGUCGAGGAGCAUUACAAGAGGAUGAUCAAAGAGGAUCCUUCCAACCCUUUGUUCUUGAGGAACUAUGCUCAAUUUCUUAAGUCCAAGGGGGAACUUUCUGGAGCUGAGGAAUGUUACUUUCGUGCUACACUUGCCGAUCCUAAAGAUGGGGAAAUCAUGCUUCAGUAUGCUAAACUGGUGUGGGAGCUCCAUAAUGACAAAGACAAAGCCUUAAAGUACUUUAAAAAGGCAGCUUGUGCAGCUCCUGAAGAUAGCCAUGUGCUGGCAGCAUAUGCCAGUUUCCUGUGGGAAUUAGAUGAAGAUGAAGAUGAAGUGGAAAGCAGCUCAUCAAAUGAGCAGAGACAGGUUGAAGAAUUUGGUGGUCAAAUGGAUCAAUGUCACUCAGAAUUUGCUGAAGACCAAAGACCAGCUAGCCCCCCAUUACAUCUUGCAACAGGGCUUGGAAUUGACAUGGCUGGUUUUGGCGGUACCAUGGGGUAUGCUGAUUGUAUGAAAGUAGACUUUAGUGACAGUAUUAACGUCGAAGAGUACUAUAGGAGGAUGAUUGAAGAGAACCCUUCCAACCCUUUGUUUCUGAGGAAUUAUGCACAGUACCUUUGUGAGACCCAGGGAGACCUUCGAGCAGCUGAAGAAUACUACUUGCGCGCAAUGCAUUUAGAUCCUAGUGAUGGAGAAAUAACAUUACAGUAUGCUAAGGUAAUAUGGGAACUUCGUCAAGACAGACAUGAAGCAUUACCCUUCUUCAAGCAAGCAGUUCAAGCUGCACCACGGAACAGCGAUGUGCUUGCAGCAUAUGCCAGUUUUCUCUGGGAAACAGAAGAGGAUGAAGAGGAGGAUUUGGGGUUGCGGGAGAACGACCAUGUGGCAGUACCCCAUGGAACAGUCAUCUGCAUCUUAACAGAAAAGAGAAAAUAAAUGUACCACAAAGAGAUGCUACUUACUUGAGCUGAUGUACUACACGGAAUGGCAUUGCUUGCAUGGAAUGCGAAUGGUCUUAGAAUAAAAUCGCAUCGCGACAUGAAGGUUUGUGAUCUAAUAAGUUGGAAGUUUUCAACAUGAAUAGUCUUCCUUUCCUGUAAAAGGUGUAGUCAGGCGCAGAAACAUAUCAUUAGAAAAGAGUUAACGGAAUAGUCUUGGAGUAAAUGUAGAAUAUGCCUUGCAGGAAGGCACUGAAAAAUAGAGCAAUGGAUAAUUCCAUUUCACCUAUCUUCUCCUUGCUUUUGAUGUAUAUAACAUUUUUGGAAUUGCUUUUCUGCUAUUUGGCUUUUUCUCAUUUGUACUCGGGAAAAA